GUUGGUUGGCCACGUCGGUUCGAAUCCGGCCGAAUCUUAGGAUUUUUUUUAAAUGUUCGAUCUUUGUAUUAAUAAUUAUAAGCAACUAAACUUUAGUUGUAUGUAACAGGUAUUCAUAGGCACAGACACGGGGCGCGUGGCACCGCACAUGUUCUACCAGGCGUGCCGAGUGUCGGGGAAGAACUCGACGCCGUGCAAGGAGCGGAAGGAAGAUGGCACUGUCAUCAUCGAGAUCGAUCUAGAACCCGCCAAGAACUGGCAGGUUACUUGCGACUGCGUUGGAAUACUUAAGGAGCGCAACGUGGACGUAGAGCAUCGGUUCGGCGAGACGUUAGGCGGGGGCGGAGGCCCGGGAGCUCACGUGUCGCGCGGUAAGAAGAAGUCCACGCGCUGCCGCAUGGUGUUUCGCACCGACAUCGUCAACGCCGCCGGGCAGCCCGAGACGCUGCAAGUGUGCUCCACGCAAAUUAUUUGCACGCAACCUCCUGGCGUGCCCGAGGUAUGCCGCAAGUCCCUGGUGUCAUCUCCGGCCACGGGCGGCCUGGAGCUCUACCUGCUGGGAAAGAACUUCCUCAAGGAGACCCGCGUGGUCUUCUGCCAGCACGAGGACAGUCAUCCACCCUGGGAGGAGGAAGUUGUACCGGAUAAGGAAUUUUUGCAACAGACGCAUCUGGUCUGCUGUGUCCCGCCGUAUGUUCGUACUGAUAUCACGGACCCGGUGACAGUGCAGCUGUUCGUGCGAUCAGGUGGCAAGACUUCGGAGCCACACGUGUUCUACUACACGCCGGCGCGCCUCGAUGCCGGUCCACUGCACUGCACGAGGCACCAUUCGCAAGGUGCGGAGGAGGCGCGGCCCGUGCUGCUGUGGGGCGGCGCGGCGCUGAUGCCGCCGCCCGCCGCGCCGCGCCGGGCCAGCCUCAUCGUGCCCGACGCGCUCAAGAGCGAGCUGCAGGACGAGUCCUCGCAGCACUCGCUGGCGGACGCCGAGGCCUCGUGCGGCGCCGACGGGCCCGAGGCCGCCGGGCCCCCGGGGCUGGCCGAGGACCUCGAGGUCGUGGACCUGCGGCUCAAGGCCGAGCUGCCGCGCGACGCGCCGCCCUUCGCCUUCGACGCCAUCAAGCUGUCGCCGCCGGCGCCCGCGCCCGCCGAGUCGCCGCUCGCCUCCUUCACGCAGCAGCUGCAGGCCAUCCAGAACCAGGCGCAAACCGACAAGAUGGUGGAGACCGUGACGGCCGCCAUCUUCAACUCGGCCGACAACGCCGGCCAGAUGUACGGCGAGGGCGCCAUCGGGCCCAUGGACCCGAUGCGCCGCCUCAUCUCCGCCAAGACGGCCAUGAACCUGGAGACGGACAUGAAGGCGCUGGACUCGGAGCUGCUGCUGCAGGCCUCGGCGGAGCGGCGGCUGGGCGCCUACGGCCAGCUGCCGGCGCGCGAGGAGCCCUUCAACCCGUUCGGCGCCAUGGCCAAGAUGGAGCUGGAGCCGGCGCAGAUCGAGCGGCGCCUGGCGCGGCAGAGCGCGCACAUGGAGGCGCUGGUGGAGGACGCCAUGAAGGCCACGGCCGCCAUGCUGCCGGCCGACGCCGCCAAGCUGGACGAGCUGGUCAACUCGCGCGUGGACGACCACCUGUCGGGCGCGUCGUCGUCGCCGUCGGCGUCGCACGCCUCCGACGUGCUGCUGAGCCCGGGCGCCGCCGUGGUGACGCGCGGCUCGCCCGCCGCGCUGCUGCCGCCGCUGCCGUCCGCCAUGUCGCCCGACGACAUCCUCAACCCGCAGGUGUCGCCCAGCAUGCUGUGCGACUCCAACCAGCGCCUGGUCAUGCCCCCGGGCCCCUCGCAGGAGGAGCUCAUGAUGAUCCCCGAGCUGCCCACGUCGGUGAAGACGCCGCCGGCGGCCGUCAAGUCGAUGAUCCUCAACGCCGCCGCCGAGAUCCUCACGUCGGACACGACCAUGAACGCGCUGGUGACGUCGGCCAUCAACACGGCCAACAUCCUGACGACGGAGAGCGCGGGCGACGACGCGCAGCCGCCGGCCGGCGCCGAGCCCGCCGGCGAGACGCCGCUGGUGGCCAUGUCGCAGGCCGUGUCGCAGGCCGUCACGCAGGCCGUGUCCCAGGCCGUGUCCCAGGCGGUGUCGCAGGCCGUCUCGCAGGAGAUGACGGCGCCGGUGCAGCGGCUCACCGACAUGAGCGACCAGGACCUGCUGUCCUACAUCAACCCCAGCACCUUCGACCAGGUAUAAAGUGUGGCCGCGUCGCGUCGCGUGAAAGUCCCCGCAAAAGAAAGUCGCGUAAGAAUUGUGGGAUGCUUUUUGUUCCGAAUCGAACUCAUCGAAAUGUGACUAUUGUAAGCCUAUUGGAUGCAUUUCAAAGUGA